AUGCAGGACUUGAUCGCCAUUGUUGGCUCUGCUUGUCGAUUCCCUGGGCAAGCAGAUAGCCCUUCAAAACUGUGGACCCGGCUAAAAGAGCCCGUCGACCUUCGCAGGACCUUUCCUCCCGAAAGACUGAACCUCGCUCGGUUCUAUCAUCCAGACGGAGAGCACCACGGCAGCACAGAUGUACGUGGGAUGUCAUAUUUGCUGUCAGAGGACCCUCGUCAUUUUGAUGCCACAUUCUUUAAUAUCAACCCUCGCGAGGCAGAAGGGAUGGAUCCUCAACAGAGGCUGCUGUUGGAGACUGCCUAUGAGGCUCUUGAGGCAGCCGGCUACUCACUGGAAGCCAUGAAUGGGUCAAAAACGUCUGUUCACGUCGGUGUGAUGAACACAGAUUACAGCAACAUUCAGCUGCGAGAUCCGGAAGUGCUACCUACAUACAAUGCCACCGGAACCGUCAUUAGCAUUCUUUCAAAUCGACUGUCAUACUUUUUCAAUCUAAAGGGCCCAUCAGUGACUGUUGACACGGCCUGCUCGAGCUCACUGGUAGCCUUGCAUCAGGCCGUCCAGGGCCUUCGCGCGGGUGAUGCAACCUCCGCCAUUGUUGCCGGCGCAAAUUUGAUUUUCGAUCCCGCUAUGUACAUCGCUGAAUCAAGCCUGCAUAUGCUGUCCCCUGACUCAUUCUCGAGGAUGUGGGAUAAGGAUGCCAAUGGAUAUGCUCGGGGGGAAGGGUUCGGUGUAUUGCUCCUCAAGCCGCUGAGCCGAGCCAUUAUGGACGGCGACCACAUCGAGGCAGUCAUCCGCAGCACAGGUGUCAACUCCGAUGGCCGUACCAAGGGCAUCACCAUGCCCAACGCAGCGUCCCAAACGGAACUUAUCCGACAAACGUACCGUGAUGCAGGCCUUGACCCUAUCCGGGAUCGAUGCCAGUACUUUGAGUGCCACGGAACAGGCACUGCGGCUGGAGACCCCAUAGAAGCGCGCGCUGUGCACGAUGCAUUUUUCCACACUGAACCAGGCACAGCCUCUGACUCGCGUAUACCUGACGGCAAGCUGUACGUCGGAUCCGUGAAGACGAUCAUUGGCCAUCUAGAAGGUUGUGCGGGCAUUGCUGGAGUCCUCAAGGCAGUCCUCGCCAUCAAGAACAGCACCAUCCCUCCAAACAUGCACUUCCACGAGCCAAAUCCUGAGGUUAUUCCAUUCUGCGACCGCCUUGAAAUCCCAACAGCGCCGAUACCUUGGCCAGAUACUGGCAGAUCCCCCAUGCGCGCCAGUGUCAACAGCUUUGGAUUCGGCGGGACAAACGCUCAUGCUAUAAUUGAAGGAUACGACGCGCUGAGCAGCCCAGUACGGGAGACGACCAUAACACCUGACGAUAUCUUCAUUGGACCUUUGUUGUUCUCCGCCAAUUCCAGCGCGUCCCUGAUUGCCAAUGUCAAAAACAUGGCCGAGCGGAUCAGGUCCGACGCCUCGAUCGACCUUGAAAGUCUGGUGUGGACAUUAUAUGCUCGGCGGAGCGUCUUGCCGAUCAAAGCCUUCUUCACAGGUGGCACCGCGCAGCGAUUGCUCAACUUCAUGGAUCGGUUCGUCGCAGAGUCUCAGGAAACCACGAGCUCGACAGCCGGGAUCAAAUACCAGCCGCUGAGCCCCACCCAAUCCCCCGGAGUUCUUGGUAUCUUCACUGGCCAAGGUGCGCAAUGGGCUUCGAUGGGUUUCUCGCUCCUCCAGCAGAAUCUUGUCUUUCGUGCAGCUAUUGAGCGAUGCCAGGCUGCCUUGGCCGCGCUGCACGACGGCCCUGCAUGGGUUUUGGUGGAUGAGCUGGCGAGAGGAGCGAGCGAGUCUCGCAUCGGGGAAGCAGCCCUAUCACAGCCGCUCUGUACCGCUCUACAGAUAGGCCUGGUGGACAUGCUGCAGUCCGCGGGCAUCAAAUUGGAUGCUGUAGUGGGCCAUUCCUCGGGCGAGAUAGCUGCCGUAUACGCCGCAGGGAUUAUCGAUGCAGAGGCCGCGAUCAAGAUUGCAUACUACCGUGGCUACUAUGCCAAACUUGCUACUGGGGCACGGGGUCAAGCCGGACGCAUGAUGGCCACUGCCAUGUCCUUUGAUGAAGCGGAGGAAUUCUGCGCGCGACCUCAAUGGCACGGUCGUCUUGCGGCAGCUGCAAGCAACUCCCCACAGAGCGUUACACUUUCCGGCGACACCGAUGCUAUUGAGGAGGCAAUGCAGAUUUUCGAGUCUGAGAAGAAAUUUGCGCGGAUCUUGCGAACCGAUACUGCUUACCAUUCGCAUCAUAUGCAACCAUGCGCGGAGCCAUACCUGAGGUCAUUGCGAGCCUGCCAAAUCAAGGUGAAUCCGCCCCGGAAGGACUGUGUGUGGAUAUCCAGCGUCCGCGGCGAUACCCAAUUGCUGGAGGGUGGCCUAUCGGCGCUGGCCGACCAGUACUGGGUGGACAACAUGUGCAAUCCGGUUUUGUUCUCGCAAGCAGUUGAGACCUCGAUCUGGAACGGAGGCCCGUUUGAUGUUGCUUUCGAACUGGGCCCACAUCCAGCCCUCAAAGGCCCUGUGGAGCAGACAAUCAAAGCAGUCUAUGGGCCUAUCCCCGCCUACGCCGGACUCAUGCGCCGCGGUGACAACGAGAUCGAGGCCUUCUCUGGCGGCGUCGGUGUUGCUUGGUCCCGCCUUGGACCGGAUUUCGUCGACAUGAGUGGAUACCGCAAGGGCUUCAAGGGAGCCGAUCGUCUACGACCACAGGUGCUGAAAGACCUGCCACCUUACUCCUGGGAUCACAGCAAGCAGUACUGGAAAGAAUCUCGUAUCUCCCGUCAAUAUCGGCUACGGCAGGAUACUCCCCAUGAAUUACUAGGCCGUAGAGUGCCGGAUGACACUGAUGACAGCCGGAGAUGGCGAAAUGUACUGCGACUCAGCGAAUUGCCUUGGAUCAAGGGCCACAUCUUUCAAGGACAGGUCCUGUUUCCCGGCGCUGGGUAUGUGGCCAUGGCUCUGGAGGCAGCACGCGCGCUGACAGAUGAUCGCCCGGCCACUUUGUUCGAGAUUGCGGAUGUUUCUCUGCGCCGUGCAUUGGUGAUUCCAGAGCAAGGAAGUGUCGAAACCGUCUUCACUGUCCGGGUCAUCGACGCGGAAGAUGGGAGAAAGGAUACCGAUCGACUGGAGGCAGACUUUGCGUGUUAUUUCUGCUCUGCAGAGAACAGCGAGCCCUUGGUCAAAGCAUGCACAGGCCGUCUCAUCAUCAACUAUGGUGAUCCGGCACCGGAUGCCCUGCCACAAAGAACCCGGCUACUAUCAAACAACGUACCAGUAGACAUGGGGAGGUUCUACGACGCCAUGAACAACGUUGGUCUGGAUUAUCAGGGUAUUUUCCGUGGUCUAGUUUAUGGCAAGCGAUCUCUCGGCUGUUCAUCCGUCAAGGCGGUUUGGGGGUCAGAUAUGCAAAUUGACAGCUAUGUUGUCAACCCUGGCUUCUUGGACGUUGCAUUCCAGUCACUCUACACGGCUUUUUCGUCCMCCGCCAGUGGGGAGAUCUGGGCCCCUUAUCUGCCGAUUCACAUUGCGAGACUUGCUGUGAAUCCCAAUGUGUCUUACCGCAUCGCAAACGACGAGACUCAAAUGGAGGCGGACGCAUUCGUUACCGCAUCGAACUCUACACUGCUUAAGGGAGAUAUCCAGGUUUACCAAUGCGAAUCUCAGCAUGCCGCCCUCCAAGUCGAAGGAAUCUCCAUGAAAUCCAUGUCCGAACCUCAACCGGAGAACGAUAGAUGCUUAUUCUCUGAGACCGUCUGGGGCCCCGAUGUCUCAUUGGGCAUUGCUGAAGUGGCCAGCCGUAGAGCCAAGGACGAGACUCGUCUGGUAGAGGCUUUGGACCGAGUAUCCUUGUUCUACUGGCAGAAGCUUCUUCAAGAGGUUGGCGCGGAGAUCGCCCAGUUCCAGUGGUACCACCAACGAAUGUUUGACGUCGUCAAUUUUCAGAUCGCCUCCGUGCGCAGCGGACAACAUCCCAUUGCAAAAUCAGCAUGGCUUGAAGAUGAUUGGAAUACCAUCCUUGCUGUAAGCGAGCCUUAUGCGUCUCGUGUGGAUAUGCGACUCAUCCACGCUGUUGGAGAGAAUCUGGCCUCCGUUGUGCGUGGUGACACCCAGCUACUGGAAGUCAUGGUCCAGGAUGAUAUGCUCAACCGCUUUUACAUGGAAGGUUAUGGCUUUUCUGUCAUCAAUAACGCGGUCUCGGACGCUCUGGAGCAGAUCACGUUCCAGUAUCCUCACGCAAACAUCCUGGAAAUUGGCGCUGGCACUGGUGGAACGACCCGGAGCAUCCUUGACAGAAUUGGCAGCCGCUAUGGGUCUUAUACAUACACCGAUAUUUCCCCGGCUUUCUUCAAAGCCGCGGCUGAAAAGUUUGAGGACGCAAGAGGAAAAAUCCAGUUUAAGGUCUUGGAUGUUGAAAAGGAGGUUGGCGCUCAGGGCUUCGACAAGUGCAGUUACGACGUCAUCGUCGCCGCGAAUGUCCUCCAUGCCACUCGUAAGCUGGAAGAGACGAUGAACCAUGUUCGGGCUCUACUCAAACCCGGCGGAUAUCUUGUCCUAAUGGAGAUUACUGGCUCUGAUGUCUUACGGACGCAGUUCAUAAUGGGUGGCCUUCCAGGGUGGUGGUACGGUGUGGACGACGGACGUGUUCUAUCGCCCGCCAUAUCGGCUGAGCAAUGGAACCAGCUACUUCUCAAUACUGGCUUCUCUGGAUUGGAUUGUUUGACGCCGGACAUGUUUGAUGAAGACAAGCACUCUUUCUCACUCAUGGUGAGCCAGGCCAUUGAUGAGAAGAUACAAAUUCUCAGAGAUCCUGCAUCGUCGAUGAGAGUUGCCCCAGUAAGGGAUGUCCUGAUCAUUGGAGGCCGAACCCAUCCAACUAUGCAGAUGGUUCAGGAAAUUCGCCACUCCCUCGCCUUCUGGACGAACCGUGUUCAGGUUUGGAAUAGCAUCGGAACCAAGCAGCUGGAUCAGCUGGCUCAAUUCGAAAACAUCAUUUGCCUCGAAGAGCUGGAUCAGCCACUGUUCUCCACUGCCAUGACUGGCGAGACGCUGCUGGCUUUGCAAAAGGUGUUGAGUGGGACAAAGAAUGUUGUCUGGGCCAUCAACAGCGCCAAUGGAGAGAACGCCCACGUUAACAUGACUGUCGGUAUCGGGCGAGCAUUGAGAACAGAGGUCCCUGGUUUGAACCUCGUUUUCGUCGAUACCGAUGCUGCUGAUAAUGCUCCAGCAUGUGCACAACACCUCUCGCAGAUGUUACUGCAGCUGGUGAUUGGAUCUCCGUUCACGGAUGAGAAUAGGCUUUGGGCAGUGGAGCCGGAAGUUCGAGUCCAAGAAGGGCGACGCCUUAUUCCUCGGAUCCUCCCUAUAGCGCCAUUGAACGAGACGUAUAAUGCGAGUCGGCGAGUCAUUACCAAGACAGUGGAUAUCGAGACCACGUGUGUGAGAUUGGAAGACUCUGCCGGUUCACUGCGCCUGGUGCAGGAUGCGUGCAUGGUAGACGGUCCCAUCCAGCGCGGCCAUGAUCGGCUUCGCGUCUAUCGCUCUCUCUCUCUCGCGGUCUCUGGUGGCUCUCCAUGCUACUUGUGCAGUGGUGUUCUGAGGGAGAGCGGUCGCCCAGCCCUGGCACUCUCCAUCUCGAACGCGAAUUUUGUUGACGUCCCCAACGACAUGGUCUUGACCUUGGAUCAGGAUCAGCCUUGUGAUGUCGCGGUACUUGAAGCGACAGCCCGCCAUCUCCUGGCGAGAAAUAUUUGCAACCGCCUUCCGUCCUCGAAUGGAACACUUGUGUAUCAACCCAGCCAUGACUUUGCUCAAGCACUGCUGACAACGGGACGCCACUUUUCAUUCGCCGCUACCGACAAGGCCAGCUGCCUCAGUGACUGGAUCUACUUCCACCCUAAAGCUUCGCGCCGCGCUAUUCAGUCUCAUCUACCGGAGAACUUGGAUGCCCUCAUCGACUGUACUGGUGAAGUACCCGGAAAUCUCACAGCCUGUCUCCCGACACACUGCAAGAUAUUCAACACAACGCUCCAUCAGCUCGAUGCCAGCCUACUAGGUCCCGCAUAUUCUGCCGCUCUUACACAUGACAGCUCCUCAGGUAACGGACCGAGCAUCCAAAUCAGAGACCUUCCACUUGCCACGCCCUCCCAACUGCCGAUGGUCGAUUGGACAGGUGUUGAAUCUGUUGAAUUGACGCUUCAGCCACUUAGCACGAGCAAGCUAUUUUCGCCAAACGCCACUUACCUCCUUGCUGGUAUGACAGGCGACCUUGGUCUUUCACUGUGCCGCUGGAUGAUUGACAAUGGCGCCCGAAAUAUUGCUCUGACGAGCCGGAAUCCAAGCGUUGACGAGGAAUUGUUGCAAGACAUGCGCCGGGGUGCUGCCGACAUCCGAGUCUUCCGGAACGACAUCACCGACCGAAAUGCUGUUUGUCUGCUGGUUGAAGAGAUCAGAAAGUCAAUGCCGCGCAUUGCUGGUGUCUUCAAUGCAUGCAUGGUCCUCCGAGAUGGGCUCUUCUCCGAAAUGGACGCUGACACCCUCAAUGAUACUCUCGCGCCCAAGGUUGAAGGGUCCAAGAUCCUAGACGAGAUCUUCCGGAAUGAUUCUCUCGACUUUUUCGUCCUCUUCUCGUCCCUGGCAAGUAUCAUUGGCAAUGCUGGCCAAUCUAACUACCACGCAGCAAACAUGUUCCUCUCCGGUCUUGCCGCCAGUCGCCGCAAGAAGGGUCUUGCAGCGUCCGUCUUACACAUUGGUCUGGUCACCGAUGUAGGGUAUGUUGCUCGCAGGGGUCAGGCAAUGGAAGAACGACUCCGCAGGCUGUUUUUCCUGCCAUUGUCGGAAUCGGACAUCCAUCAUGCGAUGGCGCAAACCAUUCUUGCCAGUCGGCAUCACAGCACGCGUCAACACGAGAUUAUUUUGGGGUUAGAGCCAUUCGUUGAUUCACCUAACGCGACGAAACGGCCCCCCUGGGAACACAAUCCAAAGUUCUCACAUUACGUCUCCCGGCCAUUGCUGCACGAAACGCCGGCGGCCGCGACAUCGGAAGCUGCAGCAGACGUGAAGCAGCUGCUGAGAUUGGCGGUCUCCGAAGAGACAGUCACCCCUAUUGUCCAAGAGGCAUUCGCAAAGAAGCUCGAAUCGAUGAUGCAGCUCCCGGCCAAUAGUGUCAACCCGAACGUUCCCCUAAUUGAUUUGGGAUGCGACUCCUUGCUGGCCAUUGAAAUUCGGCGCUGGUUCAUUAAAGAGGUUGGCAUUGACGUUCCGGUCCUCAAGGUGUUGUCCGGCGAUACCACGGCUCAGAUCUGCGAGGAUGCGGUCACGCAAUUUCUGGCUCUACAGCUGGCGAAGAAAGGCGCAGUGUCACCCAACACGACAGAAAAGCCCGAGACAGAGCCUCAAAGACCCAGUGAUGCCGUCACUGUCGCCAAUGAUGCUCUUGACAAAGUUGAUGGUGCCAAUGGGGACUACGAAACAAGUAGCCAAGGCGAUGAUUCGCGAGGAACCUUCUCGUCGUCGAGCAKCCACACCAGUCCUAGUCUCCAAGCUACUACUCCUGGCGUCAAACCGAACACCCUGGCGCCGUUGGGUGCUGACGCAGAACCUCUCGAUUGUGGACUUCAGCGGGCCAUGAUUCGCGCCGAACGUGCCUCCUUUGCCCAGUCGAGACUGUGGUUCUUGACGCAGUAUCUUCAUGAUCCAACAACGUACAAUGUCACCGUCCGUUACGAUGUUAGAGGAAAGCUUCCAGCUUCUCAAAUCGUCAAUGCGCUUGACGCAACCAUCCGCCAUCAUCAGUCUCUGCAAACGUGCUUUUUCAUGGACUCGGACAAGGAAACACUCAUGCAAGGAGUUCUUUCACCGCCGUGCAGUUCCAUCAAGAGUAUUGUUUCUGGGAGCGAGCAGACAGUCGUAGAGGAAUAUGAGCGUUUGCGGCUUCGAGUUUGGGAUCUCGAGAAGGCGGAAACGUUCGCGGUCACUGUUGUUUCUUUGUCGCCCGAACAGCAUACCAUUAUCUUCGGGUACCAUCAUAUCGUCAUGGACGGGGUGAGCUGGCACCUUUUCUUGCGAGACUUGAACCUCGCAUAUUGCCUGAGAUCGCUCGAUUCGAUUGAAACAGAAUAUAUCGACUGGUCGCAGAAGCAAUUUCAGUCAGCUCAGCGAGGAGACUUCACCAGACAACUCGAUUACUGGCGCAAGCAGCACUCUCCUCCACCAUCGGUCAUUCCACUGCUGCCAAUGGCUCGGACGAGUUCUCGGAAGCCGCUCACCACGUAUGACAGCCAUGUCGUCAGUGUCCAAAUUGAUCGACAGCUCGUGUCGCACAUCCGGCAAGUCAGCCAGUCUUUGCGCGUCACGUCCUUCCACUUUCAUCUAGCCGUGAUCCAAAGCAUCCUCCGCCGCUUGUUGAAGAUAGAGGAUCUUUGCAUUGGCGUGGCCGAUGCGAACCGAACUAGUGAAGCUCACUCAGGGACUGUGGGAUUCUUCCUAAAUCUUCUUCCGGUCCGCUUCAAUGCGAAGGAGCAGAGCACAUUCCAAGAUCUGGUUUCCUCAACAAAACGCACGAUUCUUGGAGCCCUUUCCAACUCGGAGACGCCGUUCGAUCUCAUUCUCGAGGACUUGAAAAUUUUGCGAAGUGCAGAACACAGCCCUUUGUUCCAGGUUGCUGUCAAUUAUCGCAUGGGCGCAAUGCUCCAGGUUCCCCUUGGAGACGGAACAAUGGAGAUGGCGUCUGCCGACGACGCAAAAAAUCCAUACGACCUCAGCUUCGGGAUCACGGAGACUGCGACGGGGGCUUGCUUGCUGGAACUGACUAGCCAAAAACAACUGUACACGGAGCAGUCCACAGAGCUUUUGCUACAGAUGUACGUGGACGUCCUUCGCGCCUCGUCCGACAAUCCUUCACUUCCGGUCAGUCAGCUACCAGUCAUGUUGGAAUCGCCAAGCGAAAAAACACUUGCCGUCGCUAAAGGCCCCAGAGUCGAGUAUUCCUGGCCGAACACACUAUGGGAACGAUUCGAGGCUAUCCAGAAGUCGUUUCCUGAGGAGACUGCCAUCAAGGACGGGAUGUCAGAUAUGAGCUACUCGCAGCUGACCAGAAGGGUUGAGAAACUCGCCGCGACGCUGAUCAGACAAGGUGUUGCCGCUGGAGAUAGUGUCGGUGUUCUCCUUCAUCCGUCCACCGACGCGAUUGCUUGUAUGCUGGCCUCGUUGCGCGUUGGAUGCAUCUAUACACCCCUUGACACCAGACUGCCCCUGGCCCGAUUGAGUAUCAUUGUCGAUGACUGCAAACCCUCCUUGGUCUUGUAUCACGCUUCAACCCAUGACGUUGCUCUGGGACUUGGAAAGUUGUCCAAACUGGCCAAUGUUGACGAUACAUGCAAGACGGUUGAAGCGCAAAUCCCGGCACUUGCGCCUCAAUCAAAUCCAGCGUCAUUUCUGUUCUACACCAGCGGCAGUACCGGUGCGCCCAAAGGCAUUCUGCUUACCCAACAAAAUUUUGUGAAUCAUCUGGCUGCGAAGACCGACAAACUGGCUCUCGGCAGGGAAGUUGUCUUACAACAGAGCUCUUUGGGAUUCGACAUGUCCGUCGUGCAGACUUUCUGCGCUUUGGCCAACGGUGGAACCUUGGUUAUCGCACCAAAGGAAGCGCGAGGAGACCCCGUCGCACUGUCCACACUCAUGGCAAAGGAACGAGUGACGCUGACGAUUGCCACGCCCUCGGAAUACUCCUUAUUGCUUCGCUUCGGUCUUGAACAGCUCCAGAAGCCCUACGCAUGGAGACAUGCCUGCAUGGGCGGCGAAGUCGUCUCGCCGCAGUUGGUUCAGCAGUUUUGUCAGCUGGAUCAUCCUGGUCUCCAGCUGACCAACUGCUAUGGUCCGACGGAGAUCACUGCUGCUGUAACAUUCCAAGGCAUCCCUCUUCAAUUGGAAGACCAAAGCACGACUGAUGGAUCUUUAGUGGGAAAGCCCUUGCCUAACUACUCAGUCUACAUUAUGGAUGCUUCUGGAUCUCCGGUGCCCAUUGGGGUCACCGGCGAGAUCUACAUUGGAGGCGCUGGUGUUUCACUAGGCUAUUUAAAUUCUCUGGAGCAGACUGACGCGAAAUUUGUUCGGGACCCCUUCGCUAGCCCAGAGGACACUGCCCACGGUUGGACGAAGAUGUACAGAACCGGAGAUAUGGGGCGUCUCAUUGAGAGUGGCGCUUUGGUUUUCAUGGGCCGCAUGGACGGCGAUAAUCAGGUCAAAUUGAAUGGUUUGCGGAUUGAGCUCGAUGGGAUUGCCAACAGCAUGCUCGCCACUGGACGUGAUCUGGUGUCCGAAGCCGUUGUAACCGUUCGUCCUGGCUCGGGUUCUGGUUCGCCAUUCCUCGUAGCUCAUGUUGUCCCUUUUGGAGACCACGUUGAUGAAUCCAGACUUCAGCAGCUCGCCAGAGACCUUCCACUGCCAGAGUACAUGCUUCCAUCCGUGGUCGUUGCCCUGGACCGCCUGCCAACCAACGCCAACGGGAAAGUUGACAGGAAGGCCAUCAUGGCACUGCCUCUGCCAACUCACCGCGCUGAGAGCGUGGCAGGUACAGACAUUGGUAAUGCAGGACAUCUCAACCUCGCAGAAGGCGAGCUACGCCUGUUAUGGGAGAAGGUGCUUCCGGUCUCCGGUGGUCCGUCACGACUAGAUGCCGAUUCAGAUUUCUUUAUGCGAGGAGGAACCUCCAUGCUGCUGGUCAGGCUCCAGGGAGCUAUCAAGCAGUCGAUUGGCGUUUCGAUCACCAUCGCGGAGCUGUACCAGUUUCCGACUCUCGGUCAAAUGGCGCAGCGAAUCAGUCGCCGUAAGGAAGAGCAUCAGCCGUCCCACACAUCAGUAAUCAACUGGGAUUCCGAGACCUCACUGACCCAAGAUCUCAUCUCUGCAGCUCAAUGCCAAUACUCGACACGUCAAGCAAAAUUGCAUGACCGUCACGAGAUCUUGCUUACCGGUUCUACCACUUUUCUCGGCAAAACAAUCCUGCAGUCCCUCCUCCACAACCCGCUCGUUGAACGAGUGCACUGCGUCGCCGUUCCCGAUGAGGAUGCCUCCCUCCUCCCGUCAUCCAACAAGAUCAGCAUCUACGCCGGCAACCUCCUCACACCUAAUCUGGGGUUGUCCAAGGCCGAGAUGGCGGUCCUUCAAUCAUCCCUAGACGUCAUCAUCCACGCUGGUAGCACCGGGCACUGCCUGAACAACUACUCUUCCCUACGCAGUUCAAACCUCGGCUCAACGAAGAUCUUGGCGGGUCUUGCUCUCUCACACAGAAUCCCCAUCCAUUUCAUCUCGUCCAACCGCGUAACUCUGCUCACCGGCAACACGAGUCUCCCUCCGGUCUCAGUUUCAUCCUCCCUACCCAGCCCGGAUGGCUCUGAGGGAUUCACCGCAAGCAAAUGGGCAUGUGAACGGCUCCUUGAAUCAGCCGCCGCACUUGAACCCGGACUCCCUGUUACAAUCCAUCGUCCCUGCGCGGUCAUCGGAGACGAGGCGCCAAACGAGGACGCACUGAACGCUCUUCUGAAAUACUCCAAGCUCACGCGCUGUGUUCCGCGUUUCGAAAACUUCGAAGGGUAUCUUGAUUUCGAGGACGUACACAGGGUAGCAGGAGCGAUCGCUGCGGACGCUCUGUCGUCUGCUGAAUUAAGGGAGACCAAGCCUGCCGUACUAUUCAGGCACCACUCCAGCGGGCACAAAGUGUCAAUGAAGGACUUCAAGGGACGAAUGGAGACAUUGUUCACAUGUGCGUUUGAGGAGGUUUCUGCGGCUGAGUGGAUUGAGCGCGCAUUGCAGGCUGGUAUCGAUCCACUUAUCACGGGGUACUUGGAGGCGAUGACGAUGAAGGGGGAGACGAUCCGGUUUCCUUAUAUGGGAGAGACGGGGUCGCUUUGA